UAUCAUUGUUAGUGUUUGAGAAAUCUGUUUAUCGUGAUACUUGUUAUAGAUCAGCUAACAAUAAUCGCAUAUACGUUUUCCUCGUUUAUUCUUUCCGUCCCCCGGUCGUCAGGUUAAUCAAUUUAAUCAGCGAUCGUUCACACUGCACGUUGUUUGUUUUCUUUCCACAUACGUACACGUAUGUUGGCUAAAGUAUGUGACGCGAUUUAACAAAUAUCGCAAUUGAAUCUUGAGGCAUGGCCGAGACAACUGCUGCAUCGAACGCGGAGGAAAAACCUAUUUCCUCGGCUAUGACGCAGUGUUACGAGAAUUACAUUAUAAUCGAUGUCGGUGCCAAUCUUACUAAUAAAAAAUAUAGCAGGGAUUUGGACAGUGUGAUUCAGAGAGCGAGGGAUUCUGGAGUGCAAAAAAUCAUGGUAACGGGUGCGAGUAUUCGUUCCAGUAAAGAGGCGCUCAGAUUGACCAGGAUAUAUCCUGGCACUCUGUACUCCACUGCCGGUGUGCAUCCACACGACGCAAAGUCAUGGGAGGAUCCGAACACUCUUCAGGAACUCGAAAGCAUAGCUAACAACCCGGAGUGUGUAGCGAUAGGCGAAUGUGGUCUAGAUUAUAGCCGCGAUUUCUCCGAUCCCGAGACGCAGCGUGCCGUAUUUCAUAAACAAGUAGAACUCGCAUGUCAAUUAAAUAAGCCGCUUGUAAUACACGAAAGGGGUGCUCAAGAGGAUGUUUUGAUGGUUCUAAAUCAUUAUAAGAAUUGUCUGCCACCGAUUUUAAUCCAUUCGUUCAUCGGGACCGCGAAGGAGGCACAGGUUUAUUUAGAUCACGGUUUUUACUUAGGCAUCACCGGGUAUUUGUGUAAAGACAAGUCCGAUACCGGCGUCAGGCAAUUGCUGGAAAAAAGGCUCGCGCCUUUGGACAGAAUAUUAGUAGAGACGGACGCCCCGUUCAUGUAUCCCAACACUAGAGCCAGUAAACUACCUGUACAUGUUAAAGAUGCUCUUACCGAGAGAUCCAUGACGUUUCUUCAUCGUUAUUGUACGUUCCAACGUAACGAACCAUGCGCUUUGCCAGCGAUAGUCGAAAUGGUAGCAGCGUUUAUGCAAAUUACACCGGAAGAAGUUGCCUUAGCUACAGCUUUCAACGCUUUAAAGUUAUUUGGUCUAAAUCAGUGAUAAUGUAUCAUUUUUACAAAAGGAAUGGUGCUAUCAGGUGCUAUUUAAUAUUUUAGUUAUUCUAUUAUCACUAUUUUCCUUUUAGUACGUCUUCAAACGAUUAUUUGUGUGCCUGUCAAGUGUAUUUUAUAAUAACAAUAACGAAUUAUAUUUUUAAUGCAGCUUUUCAAUGGCAGUGAGGCAGAAAUAUUGCAUAAAACUUUAUUUACAUGUUAUAAUUAUUGCCUUCGUUAUAUAUAUUUUAUAUAUAAGCAAAAAAUACUCAGCAAAACGUAUGAAAAUUAGUAUUAC